CACUGGCAACCUGGGAUCUAUAUCAGUGAAUGCAAGCUCUGCCAUCGUCAUUGAACAGGAAACCACUUCAACCGUCGUAAGUCUUGUUGUUGAGACCAAUUGCAGUGCAGAUCUGCUCAAUCCUGAGUCAGCAACGUACAUCGCCCUGGUCGCUCGACUUGAGUCUGCGGUACUGUCGAUUCUUGAAAAUACCCCAGGCGUUGUUUCCAUUGAAGUGACCAGAGUCAGUUGCUCUGGCCUCAAUAUCCUGGUCACAAUUUUAAUGACAGUCACAGAAACGACAUCAUCUAAUGUAGUAACAACCAUUUCUACGACUGUGUCGUCUGGUUCUCUUGGCUCCAUCUCCGUGGACUCUACAUCGUUUAAUUCAGGAGAGGCUGCCACUCUUUGUCGAAAUCCCCUGGACAUCAUCUUUCUCCUGGACGGAUCAGGAAGUGUUGGGGCCUCAAAUUUCGAGAAAGUCAAGCAGUUUACCAAGAAAACAAUCAGUGGAUUUGACAUUGGUCCAUCGGCAACUCAAGUAGGGGUUAUUCAAUACAGCACGCGGAUCAGACAAGAGUUUUCCAUGAACUCUUUCCUCACAAAAGAGACAUUAUCUGUUGCGAUCGAUGAAGUACAGUACAUGAGAGGAGGGACUCUGACUGGAAAAGCCAUUCGCUACGUGACGAAGUAUGGAUUUGGCAGGUCUGAUGGGGCUCGUUUGGGUGUUCCAAAGGUUGUCAUCGUCGUAACUGACGGUGUUUCUGGCGACGCAGUUGCUGCACCUGCCUUAGAAGCACAACAGAAGGGAAUUACUGUCUAUGCCAUCGGCGUUUCCGGAUAUGACGCAGAUCAGUUGGAACAAAUAGCCAGCAACAACAACACUUUAGCGUUGGUGGACAACUUCAACCUCUUGGAUAAUCUCCGGAACACGCUGCUGACAGGAGUGUGUUAUGCUGCUACACCAGUUUUUACAUCUGUGACGGUAAACGUGCCGUUCACUGCUGAUCUUAGGGAUCCGGGAUCAGCAGCUUUCACCACCCUGUCUGCCAGUCUUAAAACAGAGAUCAUACGUGUACUUGCAACAGUUGUGGGAGUUCAGAGUGUUUCGAUAGUCGGCUUCCAACCAGCGCCUGCCAACCAGCUGAAAGUGGUAAUAGCCGUAGCUGUCUCUGAGUACGCUGCAGUCACCAUGAAGCAAACAUUUGUCACAGCGGUACAAACAGGGAGUUUGGGUUCUAUAACUGUAGUCUCAAGUUCAGCUGGUUUUGUAGAAGAAUCAACAUCUGAGGUGACCGUGACACUUGUCGUUCAAGAGACAUUUACGGCUGAUCUUCUCAACGUGGAGAGUCAAGCAUUUGCCACGUUAAAGACGCGCAUCGAAACUCAGAUGUUUACUGUAUUCAAUAAUGUAAGCGGAGUCUCAGCAGUACAGGUCACUGACUUCAGUUCGUCUGGGCUUAACAUUAUGGUCUCGAUUACUCUGACGGUUACGGUGACGUCCUCAACUACAGUUAUAACGACAAUUUCCACGGCUGUUUCAUCUGGAUCUCUUGGCUCCAUCACCGUGGACUCAACGUCCUUCGUUUCAGGAGAAGCUGCCACUCUUUGCCGAAAUCCCCUGGACAUUAUCUUUCUCCUGGACGGAUCAGGAAGUGUUGGGGCCUCAAAUUUCGAGAAAGUCAAGCAGUUUACCAAGAAAACAAUCAGUGGAUUUGACAUUGGUCCAUCGGCAACUCAAGUAGGGGUUAUUCAAUACAGCACACGGAUCAGACAAGAGUUUUCCAUGAACUCUUUCCUUACUAAAGAGACAUUAUCUGCUGCGAUCGAUGAAGUACAGUACAUGAGAGGAGGGACUCUGACUGGAAAAGCCAUUCGCUACGUGACGAAGUAUGGAUUUGGCAGGUCUGAUGGGGCUCGUCCGGGUGUUCCAAAGGUUGUCAUCGUCGUAACUGACGGUGUUUCUGGCGACGCAGUUGCUGCACCUGCCUUAGAAGCACAACAGAAGGGAAUUACUGUCUAUGCCAUCGGCGUUUCCGGAUAUGACGCAGAUCAGUUGGAACAAAUAGCCAGCAACAACAACACUUUGGCAUUUGUGGACAGCUUCAACCUCCUUGAUAAUCUUAGGAACACGCUACUAACAGGAGUGUGUUAUGCCGCCACGCCGGUUUUUACAUCUGUGACGGUAAACAUGGCGUUCACUGCUGAUCUGAGGGAUCCGGGAUCAGCAGCAUUCACCACCCUGUCCGCAAGUCUUAAAACAGAGAUUACACGAGCACUUGUGUCUGUUGUGGGAGUACAGAGCGUUUCCAUUGUCGGCUUCCAACCGGCACCUGCCAACCAACUGAAAGUGGUUAUAGCCGUAGCUGUCUCUGAGUACGCUGCAGUCACCAUGAAGCAAACAUUUGUCACAGCGGUACAAACAGGGAGUUUGGGUUCUAUAACUGUAGUCUCAAGUUCUGCUGGUUUUGUAGAAGAAUCAACAUCUGAGGUGACCGUGACACUUGUCGUUCAAGAGACAUUUACGGCUGAUCUUCUCAACGUGGAGAGUCAAGCAUUUGCCACGUUAAAGACGCGCAUCGAAACUCAGAUGUUUGCUGUAUUAAGCAGUGUAUCUGGCGUCUCAGCAGUACAAGUCACAGAAAUUCGCUCUUCUGGCCUUAAUAUUCUGGUAUCGAUUUCUCUGACGGUUACGGCGACGUCCUCAACGACCGUGAUUACAACAGUUUCCACUGCUGUUUCAUCUGGAUCUCUUGGCGUCAUCACUGUGGACUCGAACUCAUUUGUCUCAGGAGAAGCUGCAACCGUCUGUCGCAACCCACUCGACGUCAUAUUUCUUCUCGAUGGAUCAGGAAGUGUUGGUGCUGUCAAUUUUGAGAAGGUUAAGCAGUUCGCCACAAAGACAGUCAAUGGCUUUGACAUUGGGCCUGAAGGAACUCAAGUUGGCAUCAUUCAAUACAGCACAAGGACCAGGCAAGAAUUCUCCAUGAAUUCAUUCCAAACGAAGGAAAGUUUGGUCUCAGCAAUUGACAACAUUGACUUUAUGGCCGGUGGCACUAUGACCGGAAAGGCCAUCAGAUACGUAACAAAAUAUGGGUUUGGAGAAUCUGACGGAGCUCGUCCUGGCAUCCCGAAAAUUGUCAUCAUUGUUACAGACGGGUUGUCUUCUGAUGACGUCGAGCAACCAGCUUUAGAGGCACAGCAGAAGGGCAUCACUUUAUAUGCCAUAGGUGUAUCUGGAUACGAUAUGGAUCAGCUUGAACGGAUUGCAAGUAACAACCAGACCCUGGCUGUGGUGGAAAACUUCAAUCUCUUGGACAGCCUGAGGAAUACACUGCUUACAGGAAUUUGCGAUAUCACUCCACCAGUCUUUGCGUCACUUACUCUCACGACACAGUUUUCGGCGGUUCUUCGCAAUCCAGGCUCUGUUGAAUUUAAGACUCUAGCAGCCACUGUAAAAACCGAGAUUCACAGUCAGCUUGUGUUGGUAGUUGGAUUUCAACGCGUUUCUGUCAUUGGAUUUCAGCCGGCGGCUGGGAACACAGUGAAAGUUGUUUUGAUCAUCAAUACGCAAAAGUUUGCAGAGCAGACUAUGAAGACUACGUUCAGUACUGCGGUUUCCUCUGGAUCGAUAGGCAGUCUGACUGUAGAUGUCGCCUCUGCUGUUUUCAUACAAGAAGAAACAAGAGAAACGACGGUGUCAGUCAAGGUUCAAGAAACAUUUACCGCAGCUCUCGUCAAUGUGGACUCCACUGAAUAUACCACUUUAAAGACGAGGAUUGAAAACUCGAUGUUGUCUACUUUGUCUGCUUCGCCUGGCGUGGUGUCGAUAUCUGUCGUAGAGGUCAGAGCAAUCGAGCUGCAGAUUAUAGUGAUUAUAAAAAUCACCGCUACCGCUUCCACGGUGGCUGCCGUUACCUCGACUGUCUCCGUCGCCGUGGCUACAGGCUCUCUUGGUGGCAUCACUGUGGAUACAAGUUUCUUCUCCUCUGGUGAACAAGCUCUUGCCUGUGGAAACCCCAUAGACCUAAUCUUCUUGUUGGAUGGGUCUGGAAGUGUGGGAUCGACCAACUUUAAUAAGAUGAAGGCGUUUGUGAAAAAGACUGUAAAGGGCUUUUUCAUCGGGUCAUCUAACACAAGGGUUGCUGUGAUGCAGUACAGCUCAUCCGUUAGACAGGAGUUUGCGUUGGAUGCCCACAGUACUUUAGAUGAUCUCCUUGUUGGAAUCGAAGAGAUUAGAUACCUGAGAGGGGGCACCAUGACAGGAAAAGCUCUGACAAGGCUACGGAGGCAAGGUUUCCAACAGAGCAACGGUGCACGUAAAAAUGUACCUCACGUAGCUGUUGUUGUUACGGAUGGACGGUCCAGUGAUAGCGUGGGCCAACCAGCCCUCGAAACGCGUCAGACUGGCAUUGUGCUAUAUGCUGUUGGCGUGGGCAAUUACGACAUAGAUCAGCUGACGGACAUCGCCAGCACCAAUGAGACGCUAGGUGUCGUUGAUAACUUCAACCUCCUUGACGAUAUCCGCAACUCGUUGCUACAAUCUGUAUGUAGCGCUACUGCACCCGUGUUUGCUUCGGUUGUGGUCCAGGCUGUUUACUCGGAACAAUUGAGAGACACAGGAUCGGCUACGUUUGUCUCACUUGCUGAGGAAGUUCGCGUGAACAUGGUGUCCACCUUUAGCAGUGUAGUUGGCUUUCAGUCUGUGCAAGUUGUUGAAUUUCGGCAAAAGACAUCAACAACCGUGACAGCAGUUAUAUCCAUCUCCGUAACGACGUAUGCGACCGCUACCUUAACACAAACGUUUAAUACAGCUGUGAGCAGUGGAACUAUUGGCUCUUUGAUAGUGGUGCCUGGGUCUGCAGGAAUAGUAACCGAGGAGACGCAGAGUGUUUUCACGGCCUUCGUAAUAGAGCAGUCAUUCACCUCCGCACUUCUUGUUUCAACAACAACGGAGUACGUGGAGCUUAGGAAGACAGUAGAGACCUCGGUACUCUCCACUCUUUCAGCUGUUUCUGGAGUGUUGUCUGUCCAAGUGGUUGAAUUCAAAGCUAUAGAUUUAAACAUAGUCGUCACGAUAAGGAUAGAGGUAACUGUGACCGCCUCUGCGUCUGUCGUUACCUCCGUGUCAACCGCUGUAGCAACUGGCCAGAUUGGAACAAUCACUGUCGACUCUCAGACAUUCCUCACAGGGUCAACAGCAUUUCCUUGCAACAAUCCUGUGGAUAUCGUCUUUGUCGUCGACGGGUCUGGCAGUGUCGGACGUAGAAACUUCGAGAAAGUAAAGGGAGGGAUUAAAAAGAUUGUAGGAGACUUUAGCAUUGCGCUGCUCACCACCCGGGUAGGCGUUGUGCAAUACAGCCAUGUUGUUCGACAGGAAUUUGCUCUGGAUACAUUCAGCAACCUUCAAGACCUCGAGUCUGGAAUCCAAGGCAUCCCCUACAUGGGAGGUGGUACACGGACAGGUGCUGCUAUAGAAUAUGCAAUCCAGAACAGCUUCACAUCAGCUAAUGGCGCCCGACCUGAUGUUGGCCAUGUCAUUGUCGUUGUGACGGAUGGACGGUCUUAUGACGACGUAUCCAAGGCUGCCCAAAAGACCAAACAAGCAGGCAUUGUCGUCUUUGCUGUUGGAAUCACUGAUGGGGCUGUGGAAUCACAGCUAAAUCAGAUUGCUAGCUCCACCGACAAAGUCGCACUGGUUGAAACCUUCAAUUAUUCGACGAUCUUAAGAGGAGAAUUUUUCCGACCAAUAUGUUCAGUCUCAGCUCCGACAUAUGCCUCUGCUAUUGUCAACGUUCAGUACACAGAAGACUUGAGAAAUCCGAGUUCUGUAGCAUUCAUCUCACUUGCCACCCAGAUACAAGUCUCGUUCACGAUUACUCUGAACGUCGUAGUUGGAUUUCAAAGUGUGCAAGUUGUUGAAUUUCAGCAAAGUUCCUCCAACACCGUAAAAGUCAUUCUCGUUAUCGUGGUGACAGCGUACGCAGCUCAAGAUUUACAAACAACCUUCUCAGUCAGUGUCUCUAGUGGAACCAUCGGCAACCUCACGGUUGAUCCAGCUUCCGCAAUCUUUGUUGAAGAAGAACUUUUGCCCAAGUUUGUUGGACUGCAACUUAAACAAUCCUUCACAAAGAAUCUACUGGUGAUGAGUUCCUCUGAUUUCUACACCCUUGGAGCUCGCGUAGAGAAAGCGUUAUUACCGGUUCUGUCAGUAGUGCAAGGUUUCGUGUCCGUAAGGCUGAUUGGUUUCCAGACGGCGGGCGAUGAUACUGUUGCUGUCGUGACAACUGUUGGGACGUCUAGUUUUAGCUCUAACCUAAAGUCCAACGUUGAUGUGGCUGUAACAUCUGGAACACUCGGAGAUCUGUCCGUAGAAACAUCGGUCACUGUUGGUGAUAGAGGUCCACCUUGUGAUGUAGUACAAGACAUCGUGUAUGUUGUUGAGGGCUCUGAUACGAUGGGAGCUGACAGCUUUGCCAGAGUGAAGGAGUGGAUAAAGAAAGCUGCUUCAGAUUCUCUGGUCUCUCCUAACAACCAGCAAGUCAGUGUAGUACAAUUCAGUGACAGCCCACGACAAGAGAUAAAGUUCGGAGAAUACACAAACAUCGACACCCUGAGCAGUGCCAUCGACGCCCUUGUGCUGGUGGGAGGUGGUAACAAAGUUGGGACAGCCAUUUCAUUUAUUACGGCUAGCACUUUUUCGGAGCGAAAUGGUGCGCGCACGAAUGCUCCUAAAGUUGCUGUCUUCAUCAUUGCUUCCUCUUCGGAGGAUGAGGUUCUUAAUGCAGCUAUGGCUGCACAGACUGCUGGAAUACUGAUGUAUGCUUUCAGCGUCGACAGCUUAACCAACCAGACGCAGCUAGAAGAUAUAGCAAGCAGGAAGCAAUUGUCGCGGAGCAGUAGCUUGAACAGCCUCGACGACCUCCGGAACACUGUUCUCAGGCCUCUCUGUUAUGGAUUGACAUACAGUUACGGAAGCUUUAAACUGGCAAGUCCAUACGACAACAAACUGUCAAACAAAACCUCCACCGAAUAUAUUACCAUGAAAACAAACGUCGAAUUUGCGCUCUAUUCCUUGUAUCCAAACAUUACUGAACUGCAAGCUUUAGAACUGGUCGAUCUAAGGAAGUCGGAAGGAGCAGGCGACCACGUCAGAGCCGUGUUUCGCAUGAAUAACUUAGGCUACGCCUUCCAAGAUCUGUCAAGUGUCUUAGGUGAAUCAGUGAUGACAGGGCAAAUAGGGUCGCUUGCUGUCGAGACGGGUGGGAAAGUUUUUACAAAUGUAUUUACGGUAACCUACCUCCAAUCUGUGAUUAAGGACGAUAGCAACGACCCCGACACUUGGUCAGCAAAAGCAUCGGCUGUUUCAGUUGCAACUGCUGAACGCCUUCGAUCAAACACAGGAUUCUUUUACCAAGACACCGUGGAAAUAAGAAGCGGGGUCGUCGGUCCACAGAUCGUGUUUAGAAUCACCUCAACUACUGCUUCCGUUGCUGACAUCAAGACUUCCAUCUUGGCUGCUUCCAAGUCAGGGAUACUUUCCGACGUUGACAGAGCCUCGCUGAAUUUUGCUGCCACUCCUGUUGAUUUUGGCAAUCCACCGUACAUUGACAUCAUCCUCAAAAGGUUCUCUGUCACAUAUACGGGUUUUGACACCUUCUCUCCCGCCGCACCCAUGGAUAUCAAGUUUGAUGUCAACGUUGGUAACGAUGGUACUGCAGACUUACCAAGUUUUGAGGGAAUACAGUACACGUUUGGGCUUUAUCUAACAGAUGCUGCUGAGCUGGAAUCAGCCACGACAAAAUCAGCCAAAAUUUCGGUGACUCUUUCAACUCAAGCAGAGAGUGAGGUACAGCUCGGCAUAAGGAAGAAGUCAUCCACGCUGAUAAGAGACAUUUCUGCGCAAAUCGACUUCUCAUCGAAAGUUAUUUGUGAAGCUUACUCCUAUAUCUGUGUUCGUGUCACCUUCAUGCUGCCCUAUUACGCCGAUUACCAGUCUGAUAAUGAAGAUUACUGUACUGCAAUUACAAGCAUUGCACGGAAAAACUGUGACUUGUUGCCUUGCAGUAGCCAAUCAGGCUGUUCCCCAAAUGCCGUCUGCACCCAAGACGGUUCCAGCCCACCUCAAUGCAAGUGUCAGCCUGGUUUCACUGGUGAUGGCCGGACAUGCACAGAUGUCAACGAAUGUGACAAUAGUCCCUGCAACGAGAAUGCCAAUCAGAUAUGUAGGAACACCUUCGGUCAUUAUGAGUGCAACUGUCGUCCUGGAUAUACUGAUGAAGGCGGUACAUGCAUUGCAUCUAAUAAGCUGAAGUCAGCAGUGAUCCUGACGAAACAAUCAUUCAGUGCAGACCUUACCAACCCUGCAUCAACGAUGUACAAACAGCUCGUCGUUACUGUCACUGUCACGAUCACUUCUCUAUUUCGACAAACUAUAGUGUCAUUUGCAGUUGUAAAAGUAACGAUUAUAGGAUUUAGACCAGGCAGUGUGGUAGCAGACUAUACCGUGGAUGUAAGAGAUACGUCCAACGUCACGGCAGUGGAUCUAGAAACAGCUCUUAUGGGCGCAACGACGGCAAAUAAUGGAACGGAUCUGGGGAUCUCCCCGAAUAUAACUUUCACAGAUUUCGAUGAAUGCCAAAACGAGACGAACAAUGACUGUUCACCAAAUGGAUUUUGCACGAAUACGGUCGGUUCAUUCAUGUGUUCCUGCAACCCAGGAUAUACUGAUCAGCAGCUGAACAGAACCGGUCGAGUUUGCACUGCGAAUCUUACAACGGCAAGGCCUACUGUCGGAAAGACUGCCAGCCUCACAACACCAAGUCCUACAGUAGUUAACACAACUGCAAACAUAACAACACCUAGGGUCACCUUGGUCGCCACUACAGCCCACCUCACAACACCAAGUCCUCCUGGGGUGAACACAACUGCAAACAUUACAACACCGAGGGCCACCAUGACCAAUACUACAGCUAAUGUCAGAACACCACGCCCCACUGGGUUAAACACAACUGCAAGCGUCACAACACUAAGGCUUACCAAGGCAAAUACUACAGCCAACCUCACAACACCUAGUUCCACUCUGGAAAAUAUAACACCGAAGCCUACUAUGAUUGGAAAUACAACAGCCAACAUCACUACACCUAUCCCAACCAUCCCACAAACCACUAUAAACCUAACAACUCCGAAGGCAAGAGUUGAAAACACGACGGCGAAUAUGACCACAUCUAGUGUUUCUGUCGCCAUUACCAUUGCAAACGUUACAGCUAACCUGACAACUGUCCAGGUUACCCCUCAACAGUAUACGAACCUCACCACCCUGGACGUUACCAAAGGAAACAUCACUGCGAACGUAACAUCUGCCCAAAGGACCACCCAACAAUAUGCCAUAAAUCUAGCGACUUCAAGUGCAACGAUGGAAAGAGCCAAUAUCACUACGCCCAGUGUUUUUACAGCCAACCUCACGACUCCUGCCUUCACGACCGCAAGCAUUACUACUAACUUAACAGCAGCAGUGACCACUCACCAACCUGAUGCUGUGACAGCAACUGUUUCUCAUCCAGUGAGCGUAACACCUUUAGUUACACCUGCAGCACAGACAGGUACCACAGCUGGCCCAACUAUGGCUGUAUUCACCGCCACGGAUCUAAAGGUGGUCAAGGUCAGCCAGAGUCAGUAUUCCCAGGCCUACCCUGCCACAGUGGACGUCAGCGUUACUCUACAGAAAACAUCAGGAGACAUCGACAGUGACGAUAUUACCGUAGAAACUCUUAGUGCUGUUAUCCUCUUUACCAACAAUGGCAACCUAGAAGAUGCUACCGUGAAAUCGUCUACUUUUGACACAACCAUUUCAGAAUACGACCUUGCUUUAAUAAAGACCUUUGCAACACAAAAGACAUCAUUAUCGUUGUCAAACCUUAAAGCAUCAAACGUUGUUAUGGACAGCAACUGCACCUUGUAUUCACACCUCUGCUUGAACAUGACUUCCGCCAAUGCUAAUGUUCAGUUCGGAACGAAUGGCGAUACAUGCCUACAGCUAGGGAGUGAACAAGGACAAGCAGGACCUAAGGAUUGCAGUUUUACCAUAGGAAGUUGCACUGAAACUUGUGAUACAAACGCAGUGUGUGUAAACCAAGGAAGCAGCUUUCAGUGUGUGUGCAAGUCGGGCUACAGUGGUGAUGGUACUUCGUGCACUGAUGUAAAUGAAUGCAAAGGAUCAGUCUGCACAAGUGAUGAAAACGCCAACUGUGUGAAUUCGGUGGGAAGUUUCUCUUGCGUGUGCAAAGCUGGAUUCCAUAAGGACAACGGAGCAUGUGUUGCGAGCGACCGAUUCAGGGUGGAGUUUUUGUACGCUUCCUUGAACUACGUGGCGAAAUUGGCUGACACGUCAUCUACUAUCUACGUCACGUACGCACGGACCUAUCAAGUAGAGACAAUCCAUCUGUAUCUGUUAGUGGGACUUAGAACCGCCUUCCUUUCCAUCUCCGACAUAACCUUCCGCAGUGGCAGUUUAUACGGCGGUCACACUCUGGAGACCAGGGAGAACGCCACCACCGUGGCUCAGGUGAACUCCCUGCUGCAGGCUGCAGUCGGCACUACAAAUCUCUUCACGAACGUUACAGUUCAAGAUUAUGACGAAUGCAGUAAUGACAGCCGUAACGACUGUUUCCAGCACAGUGAGUGUGUGAACACCCCUGGCAGCUACACGUGUUCCUGUCCGACAGGCUUCUUAGAUCAAAACUUGUCACGUCCCGGCAGGGUCUGUGGCGCAAACCUAACGUCUCCGUCUCCAAAGCCUACUAUGGAAAAUACAACGGUUAACCUUACAACACCAAGUCCAGUAGUAAACACAACGGCAAACAUCAGAACAUCAAAGCUUACAAUGGCCAAUAUUACAGCAAACCUCACAACACCAAGGCUUACCAUGGCUAACACUACAGCAUACCUCACAUCACCAAGUCUCACCAUGGCCAAUACUACAGCAAACCUCACAACACCAAGUCCUACUGCGGUAAACACAACGGCAAACCUCACAACACCAAGGCUUACCAUGGCCAAUACUACAGCAAACCUCACAACACCAAGUCCGACUGCGGUAAACCCAACGGCAAACCUCACAACACUAAGGCUUACCAUGGCUAAUACUACAGCAAACCUCACAACACCAAGGCUUACCAUGGCUAAUACUACAGCAAACCUCACAACACCAAGGCUUACCAUGGCUAAUACUACAGCAAACCUCACAACACCAAGUCCUACUGCGGUAAACACAACGGCAAACCUCACAACACUAAGGCUUACCAUGGCUAAUACUACAGCAAACCUCACGACACCACCUCCUACUGCGGUAAACACAACGGCAAACCUCACAACACCAAGGUUUACCAUGGCUAAUACUACAGCAAACCUCACAACACCACGUCCUACUGCGGUAAACACAACGGUAAACGUCACAACACCACGUCAUACUGCGGUAAACACAAUGGCUUACCUCACAACACUAAGGCUUACCAUGGCCAACACUACAGAAACCUCACAACACCAAGUUUUACCAUUGCCAAUACAACAGCAAACCUCACGACACCACGUCCUACUGCGGUAAACACAACGGCUAAACAUCACAACACCAAGGCUUACCAUGGCCAAUACUACAGCAACCUCACAACACCAAAUACUACUGCGGCAAACACAACAGCAAACAUCACAACACCAAGGCUUACCAUGGCCAAUACUACCGCGAACCUCACAACACCAAGUCCGACUAUAGUAAACAUAACUUCAAACAUCACAACACCAAGGCUUACCAUGGCCAAUACUACAGCAAACCUCACAACACCAAGUUCUACUGCGGUAAACACAACGGCAAAUGUCACAACACUAAGGCUUACCAUGGCUAAUACUACAGCGAACCUUACAAUACCAAGGCUUACUAUAGCCAAUACUAAAGCAAAUCUCACAACACUAAGUCCUACUGUAGUAAACAAAACUGAAAACGCCACAACGCUAAAGCUUACAAUAGCCAAUACUACAGCUAACCUAACAGCAUCAAGCCCUACUGUCAUGGUGGUAAACACCACAGCAAACGCUACAACAUGGACGCUUACUUCAGACAACACUACCGUCAACUUCACAACAUCAAGUACUACUGUCCAAAACACAGCAAUCGAGGUCACAUCACCCAUCCUCCCCAUCACAAAUACAACUAUAAAUAUAGCGACGUCAGGCACAACGUUGGAAGGAAAGAAUAUGACUACUUCUGGUUUUUAUGCAACCACAGAUGAUGUGUCAACCACUGGUUCUGUUCCAGUGAGUGUAACACCUUUAG